AUGGCUGCAUCCGCGGCUGCGGCCGCGGCCUCGUCGGUGCUUGAAGACGACGACCUCCUCCGCGAGAUUCUCCUCCGCCUCGACCUCCCCACCUCCCUCGUCCGCGCCGCCGCCGUCAACAGGCGCUGGCUCCGAUGCUCCUCCGACCCCGCCUUCCUCCGCCGAUUCCGCGCGCGGAACCCACCCCGCCUCCUCGGCGUCUACGUCAACACCGGCGAAGCGCGGCGCCUGCGCUUCGUGCCGCUGGCGCGGGGCCCGGAGCUCGCCGCCGUCGUCCGCCGUGGCAGCUUCGAUUUGGGCGAAGAAGCCGGAUCCGUGCGGGACUGCCGCAACGGCCGUCUCCUCGUCUUCGUCGACGGCAAAUACGUCGUGCGCAGCCCGCUUCACCCGGAGCGGGGCACUGAAAACCUUCCAGAGCCUCCCAUCCCGGCCGAAGCUUACACCAUCCUUUAUUAUUUCAGUGACUUCUUGUUCUAUGAGAGCAGUGAUAACAGCAUGUCGUGCACUUCGGUGAUAGUGAUGUGCACUGAGCGGCAAGCAUGGGUGCACCUAUCCGACUUACAAGCUGGAGUCUGGGGUGAAGGCCGCUACUCAGGCAUGAUAGAUAUACCAGUACAAGGAUCGUUGAGGGGAUGUGAGCACCAUGCGCUGCUUGCCAAUGGCAAACUCUACAUGAUAUGUUUGCCGCAUCACAUUAUUGGGUUUGAUUUGCCCUCCACGAGCUCUUUCUGUAUUGAACUCCCAGACGGAGUGCAGUACGAGUAUCUUGAAAGCAUUGGGCUGUCCUGUGCCAAGGGCUCAGGAUUUUUCCUCAUCCACUUGAAGGGAUUUCAGAUUUCUGUUUGGCUCCACAGAACGGAUCACAGCAGCAUCGACACUUGGAAGCUAAUAGAUACAAUUUUUCUGCCGCAGGCAUUUGCUCACCUUGCAGAGCUCACUUGGAGUUCGCUGCCUGAUGUUGUUCGUGUGGCUGCAGUCGGGGACAAUGCUGACUUUGUGCUCUUGCGGAUACAACAUAAACUCUUCUACAUGCAUAUAUCAAGCAGGACAGUGGAGGAGGUAUAUGAGGCGAAUCCAGCCCAUGGUUUCUUGUAUGGAGUCUAUCCAUUUAUGAUGCAUUGGCCUCCCACCUUCCCAGUGCUGAAUGGUGGAAAUGAUCAUGAUCGGUGA